ACCAAACGUUUGUUUCUCUUCCUCCUCCUCCUUCAUCUUCUCUUCUUCUUCUCUGCUUAAAAAAAAAGUAACAGAUAAAAACAUGUUUGAUUUAGGGGAUGAGUUUACAGUAGAAAGCUAUAGAAUCCCAUGGCUUAUUUGGAUCCAAAUCCUAAUCUUCUUCCUCUUAAUCUUUCUUCUCUGUUGUUUCAGUGUUUUUACUUCAGAUCCCUCGCACUCCGACACAAAAACCAUCUCCUGCUCCUCCACCUCUUCUUCUUCAGUCGCUGCUGCUUCUUAUUUAAACAAGUCACUUCUCAACCACAGUACUACCACAACACUCGCAAAUCGCUUGCACCAUCACCAGAUAAGAGAGAGUCAAAGAAUAAAAGGGGAGAUAGCAACAAGCACAAGUACAAGAAUAGCGACUCAAGAGAAUACAGAAACGGAACGCAUUUCAACAAACUCCAUCAUUGAUCUCCAUCCCUGCAACUAUUUUAGGCUUGCCAAACUUGCACUUCUGAAGUGUUUAGGGUUAGACCCAUCCUCUGAUAAUUGUCCAAGCUCCGACAGGUAAAAAGAUAGAUAGGUUUGCUGUACAGGGAAGUGGGAAUUUGUUGCCUAAUUCUACAGAAGCAAAGAUUGAGUUAUCAGCCAUUAUAAUUCAGGGACAAAGGGAUCGAUGGUAUAGAAAGCAAGUCAGAGAUUGUGGCUCAAUCCAAGGUGAAUAUACUCGAGAUUAGACGUUCACUAAAGCUAAUCAUUGUUAAUCCUUGGGGUCCUCAUUUUUAAGUUAAAAAGCCAAUUCAUUUACUGAAGAAAGAUCAAUUGAUUGGAGCAGUGCUCUUUUCCAACAAUUUCAUGUGUAUUUUUUUACGAAGAACAUAAGUUUUUGCAAGAAAUCCAAUCAAAUAUGCAUCAGUUAUCA